CGACGGUUUCACGAAACCCGUGCUGGCGUGGAGAAGACAACGACAACCCUUGAGACGCCAACGUGCAGCACAAUCUCGGUCGCGUCGGCAGUGCCACCACUGUCAACAAGACGAGUGUCUGCACCACUGCUGAUGUCAACAGCUCAGCAAAGUCUCCGUCGCGACUGCGGUGUCACCAAGGUCGACCAAACGGUUGUCGUCUCGACCGACGACAUCAACUGGAUCACGCUGCCGGACGCCGGCGACAUUAAGUCGGCGCUGGGAGCUUCACCGGACCAGUCGACAGAAGAAAUAAGGCUUGUAGGGUGA